GGAAGGAAAACACACGAGGAGAGAAAUACAUACCUCGAUUUGCUUCCUCAUGGCGAAGCCUCGCAAGCCCAAGAAUGAAGAUCCCAAGCCCGAAAACUCUGGCGCUUUAGUUCACCACCAAAAGCUUUGCCUCUCCAUCGACAUGGACAAACGCCUAGUCUACGGGUAUACUGAAUUGGAAAUUGCGGUGCCGGAGAUUGGGAUCGUUGGGUUGCACGCGGAGAAUUUAGGGAUUGAAAGUGUUUGGGUUGAUGGUGAGCCCACGGAGUUUGAGUAUUACCCGCAUCAUCAUCAGCAGCAGCAGCAGUUGGAGGAUGAAAAGAGAUGGAGCUCGGUGUGCUCUCCUAGCUCUGCUGCUGAUGCUGCUGUCUCAGUUUACUUGUCAUCUCUCGAGAAAGAACUGGUGCCUAAUUUACUCAUUAAUUGCUGUAAACCUUUUAAGGUUGAAAGUGAACAGCAGGAGCAACCUGUUUCUGAAAAUGGGUUUCAUUCUUCUGCCGAGCCCAAGCAGAAUGUGAGAUUUGUUCGUAUUGACUAUUGGAUAGAGAAGGCAGAGACAGGAAUCCACUUCAAAGAUAAUUUUCUUCAUACUGAUAACCAGAUAAGGAGAGCAAGGUGUUGGUUCCCUUGUAUCGAUGACAAUUCACAACGAUGCUGCUAUGACCUGGAGUUCACUGUAGCACACAAUCUUGUGGCUGUUAGUACUGGAAGCUUGCUGUAUCAGGUCUUAAGCAAGGACAAUCCUCCUCGGAAAACAUAUGUUUAUAAAUUGGAUGUUCCUGUUGCUGCAAGGUGGAUAUCUUUGGCUGUUGCCCCAUUUGAAAUUCUUCCUGAUCACCAAUUUAGUCUCAUAUCACACAUGUGUUUGCUACCUAAUCUGUCAAAGAUGCGGAAUACAGUGGAAUUUUUCCAUAGUACCUUCAGCUGCUAUAAGGAAUACCUUUCUGUAGACUUCCCAUUUGACUCAUAUAAGCAAAUUUUCAUAGAGCCAGAGAUGGCAGUUUCAUCUUUGAGUUCUGGAGCCUCUAUGAGUAUAUUUAGUUCUCAAGUUUUGUUUGAUGAGAAGGUUAUUGAUCAGACUAUUGAUACAAGGAUAAAAUUAGCAUAUGCCCUUGCAAGACAGUGGUUUGGUGUGUAUAUCACUCCUGAGGCACCAACUGAUGAGUGGCUCUUGGAUGGGCUUGCUGGUUUCUUGACAGAUUUUUUCAUUAAGAAAUGUUUGGGAAAUAAUGAGGCACGGUACCGGAGAUACAAGGCAAAUUGUGCCGUUUGCAAAGUUGAUAAUGAUGGAGCAACAGCUUUGAGCUGCUCAGCUUCGUGUAAGGAUUUAUAUGGAACACAGUGCAUUGGUUUGUAUGGAAAAAUAAGAUCAUGGAAGUCUGUGGCAGUUCUUCAGAUGUUGGAAAAGCAGAUGGGUCCCGAAUCUUUCCGCAAAAUUUUGCAAACUAUAGUUUCUCGGGCUCAAGACAAAACACGGUCCAUGAAAACUCUUAGUACUAAGGAGUUUCGACAUUUUGCUAAUAAGGUUGGAAAUCUUGAACGUCCAUUUCUUAAAGAUUUCUUCCCUCGGUGGGUCGGUUCAUGUGGAUGUCCUGUUUUAAGGAUGGGGUUUUCUUAUAACAAAAGGAAGAAUAUGGUUGAAUUGGCUGUGUUGCGGGGAUGCACAGCGUUGCAGACUUCAAGUACAUCCAUUCUUGAUAUUAAUCCUGAUACUGAAAAUCGAGAUGGAGAUAGUGGAUGGCCUGGUAUGAUGAGUAUCAGGGUAUAUGAACUUGAUGGUAUGUAUGAUCAUCCAAUUUUACCGAUGGCUGGAGAAGCAUGGCAACUGUUGGAAAUACAAUGCCACUCAAAACUUGCUGCUAGACGCUUUCAAAAGCCUAAGAAAGGUGUAAAACUUGAUGGCUCUGAUGAUAAUGGUGAUGUACCUUCCUUGGAUAUGCGCUCCAGCAGUACUGAGUCCCCUUUAUUAUGGAUCAGAGCAGAUCCUGACAUGGAGUACCUUGCUGAGGUUCAUUUUAAUCAACCAGUUCAGAUGUGGAUUAAUCAAUUAGAGAAGGACAAAGAUGUUAUUGCUCAGGCACAAGCAAUUGCAGCCCUUGAGGCAUCACCCCAGCUAUCAUUUUCUGUCGUGAAUGCCCUAAACAAUUUUCUAAGUGACUCCAAGGCUUUUUGGAGAGUAAGAAUUGAAGCAGCAUUUGCACUGGCAAGUUCAGCAUCUGAGGAGACGGAUUUUUCUGGUCUUCUCCAUUUGGUGAAAUUUUACAAGAAUCGAAGGUUUGAUCCUGACAUUGGACUUCCAAAGCCAAAUGAUUUCCAUGAUUUUGCUGAGUAUUUUGUUCUUGAGGCCAUUCCACAUGCUGUAGCUAUGGUCAGAUCCGCUGACAAGAAAAGCCCAAGAGAGGCUAUCGAGUUUGUUUUACAGCUAUUAAAGUACAACGACAACAACGGGAACCCUUACUCAGAUGUCUUCUGGCUUGCUGCGUUGGUCCAGUCAGUUGGAGAGCUUGAGUUUGGGCAACAGAGUAUUCUGCUAUUGUCAUCACUCCUCAAACGCAUUGACAGGCUUUUACAAUUUGAUAGUCUCAUGCCAAGCUACAAUGGAAUAUUGACUAUUAGUUGUAUCCGGACAUUGACUCAGAUUGCUCUUAAGCUUUCAGGGUUCAUUCCUCUUGAUCGUGUAUAUGAACUUGUAAUGCCUUUUCGGAACCUAAAGGCAAUGUGGCAGGUUCGAAUUGAAGCAAGCAGAGCACUCCUUGAUCUUGAAUUCCAUUCCAAGGGCAUUGAUGCAGCAUUGCUUUUAUUUAUCAAAUAUGUAGUGGAGGAGCCUUCCUUAAGAGGGCAAUUGAAACUGGCCACCCAUGUGAUGAGGCUAUGUCAGAUGAGAGAUGGAUUGAGUUCAAAUGAUGAAAUCACAAGCCAGACUUUUGUCGCUCUGCUCAGUUUACUGGAAGGGCGUAUGGCAUUUAAUAAUGUCUUUCUCCGGCACUACCUGUUCUGCAUAUUACAAACUAUUGCAGGAAGACCCCCAACUCUCCAUGGGAUUUCUAGAGAAAAUAGAGCGUUGCAUAUGAGUCUUCCAGAAGCUUGCAACUACCAGAGGAACAUAUUUGUUCUUGAUUCAGAAAGUAAACCUUUGGAACUGCCAAACUCUACCCAAAACCUUACACAAGAUUUGGCCAUGACUGAGGGUUUGAGGGAUGCGCUUGACGAAGCUACUAAGGACCCACCUUGUGAAGCUCCCGAUCAAGCGCAAGCUGAAGCUCUAAAUGAAGUGCCCCUUGAGACUCCCAAAGAGGUAUUUCCAGUACUUCCCGGGGAAGCACCAAUUGAAGCUCCCAAUGAAGUUUCCAAGGAAGCUGAUACUGUAUCCCAUAGCCAUGAACGAAAGAGGCCAAUUAAAAUCAAGGUUAAACAAUCUUCUGCGACCAGUAGGGCUGAUACUGAUAACCAAAUGAUUGAACGUUCUUUAGGUGGUCGUAAUGAAAUGGAUCACGGAGCUACCAGUUCAGUUUCAGUAGAUGCACCCCAGAGGAAUUUUGCCGAGACUCUUAGCAUUGGUAAUCACAAUAUUGAAGAAGUUAAUUCUUGGCACAAUCAUGGUUCUCGCAUGACGGACAGUAUUGGUAGUGCAAAGUUUUUGAGUGAUGGUGAUGAAUUGGUCAAAGAACUCCAAUGCACUGCUGAUUCAAGUGUAGUUUAUUCACAACCUCAACCGGAGGACCCGUCAUCAUCUAGUAUUAUCCAGGAUAACAAUAUAGAUGCUGAUGCACGACGAUAUGCCAGCCUUCAGACUCUUUCUGCUGCUAGAUUCGAUCUUGAUGGAGAAUUGUUGGGUAAAGAAAUUUCUGGUCGUGGGAAAGAAAAGCACAAAGGCAAGGAAAAGAAACGCAAGCGGGAAGAUCAUAAAGGACGCCAAGAUGAUCCAGAAUAUUUGGAGCGAAAACGAUUGAAGAAAGAGAAAAAACGCAAGGAAAAAGAAUUGGCAAAACUGCUGAGUGAUGAAACAAAGAGAUCCUCUAUAGACUUGACAAGCAAGAAAGAGGAACCUGAAGUUGACGUAGCAAGACAGCUGAAAUCUGUUGAACCCGGAGGAUAUGAUUCUAAAUUAGAAAUGAGAAGGGUUGAUACCAAACCCGAGGCAUCCGAAGGUACACCUGCUGCACCAAAAAUUCGAAUUAAAAUAAAAAAUCGAAUGCUCAGCAAGUCAUAGCAAAUAAAAUUUGUCCUUUUAUUUUGUAGAUGUUAGAAUGAAAAUCACAACGCCCUUCAUAUUUUCUUGGUUGUAUUUUUCUUUUCAUUAUCCGGCGUAGUAGAUCAUUUAGGUGCUUAGAAUUAUUAAUUCAAUGAGCUUUAUUUGUUGGUAGUUCUGUUUUCUGGUUUUAGAGAUAUAUGAUUGCAAUUUCAAUCAUACAAUAUUUGGAUUUUUAUCGACGGAUGGUAUCUGACUUUCUUUAGAGCCGCAUAAUGGUUCUGUAACUGGAACGUAUUUCGAAGAGAGAGAGGAGGAGGGGUGGGGGGGUGGUUUGUGAUAACGGUUGUAAAUUUGUAACUUUAGCUUCUGUUGUAAAUUUAUAAUUUUGUUGUAUUGUUCCCUGAAGUAUUGCUUGUAGUGUCAACCUUUUGUGGGUUUAAUAUUCUAUUGGGUUCCC